AUGGCGGCCCAUCCCGCCAUUUCGUCAGUGUUAUUUGCUCUCGGGCAAAAAGUUAGAACAUCCAACGUUGGCGGGGUCAUAUCCAAGGCGGACUUGCUUGACGUGAUCGUUGUAUUUUGCGAUUCGGAGGCAUCGGCUUCGAAUGCGGUUCAACGUACUCGUGAGGUGGUGCAACGUAGAGUGAAUCGUUGGUUGAAGACGAACUCUCCGGAAAGAGCCGGCUAUCUACACAUUGUCGACGGUCUCCGGGCACCGCUCUCUGUGGAGUAUUUUGGUCCUGAUGUUGUGGUGGAGGUGCUCCGGCAUUUCGGAGCCGUUAUCACAGAUGAGUCUCGAGGUGACUUUGUGCACAGGAUGCAAGGGAGUGACAGUGCCACAGGAGAGGACAUGGCAAUUCAUCUUGAUCCUCACCCGGUCAUGUUGCAUGAGAAGAAUUGCACCCAAUUUCGAGAAGACAGCUUGGCCAAAGAUGGGACCAUACAGAAUCUGCAGAAGAAGUUGAAGACUGCACAACAACAACUUCGGCGAAUAACGAAGGCCAAGACGAGAGCGAAAGCAAGAGCAGCAUCAGCAGCACCAGCAUCCACAAAAAGGAGAGCCAAAGGACAGCGACAGCAGCAUGAAAGCAACACCUUGCCAGACUACCUUCGGGCUAAGCAGAAGUUGGCGAUCACGCGGACAGGCGCGGGUGAAGAUGCUCCAGGUAGAUACCUCACGGUAAGGGCUGGGGCAGCUGCCACGGCUUCAAUGCGUGAGUGGCAUGCAGGGAUGCUCCAGGAGAUGUUUCAUCCAGAUGGUGCAGAGGAUUUCAAUCUGUCUUUGCACAUCGUGUCCCAAGAUGCAACGAAUUCUGGAAUCUGGCAAAAGCGCAAGUUGAUUGCUCUUUUGUGUCAUUCUGCCUAUUUGGUGUCGUUGCCGUCCAAAUUCAGAUGGUCCUGGCAUGACAUGUUUCGCGAAAUUCGGACCAUUGCAGAUGUGCAACCAGUGGAAGAUGGAAGCGGCCAAGGCUCUGUUUCGAUGACGACAAAAAUGCUAAAGAGCAUAAACUGCCCGACAGUGCAUGACUUGGUUGCCAAGCAUGCAGAGCUUAAAGCCGAUGGUCAACAGCGUCAACAGCAUCAACCCUCAGAUGAGAAGCCCGCAGACGCAGAUGCGAAGUUCCUUUGCGUAGAGUGGCGGGCUGACGACUCUGUCCAGUGGCCUGUCCAUGUCUAUGUCUUUGUGACAGACAGAGGACCAAAUGAAGUUCUUGCGCGCAAGAUAUGGCAGUGUGUCAGCUCUGCAUGUGAGCACGUGGUGGUGCUAGGAAGUGAUUGCCUGGAGCAUGCAGCUCAUUUGGUCACAGUCAGCUCACUUAAGCUCGUUGACAAGCUCUUGCCAUUGCAAUUCGAAGGGAAAGGUCGUGCAUGGAAGUACUUUUCAUCGCUUGCGACUUUCUCCAUCACCGUGCGGGAUUCAUCCAAAGACUUUUUCCAGAUGUGGUGUCAAGAACACGGAGAUUUGUCCGGUGUCAAGCACGCCAAAAGUCUUUGGCCGAAGUGCGUGGCAGGACGUUGGAAUUCCUGCAGCGACGUUGAGCGUCGAAUGCACGAUUCUGGUGGGCAGGCUACGGUUUUACCGGUGAUGCGACGACUCAUGGGAGCCAAGCGCGAGGCGGCGCCAGCUAAAGAACACCAGAGCAUCGACGAGAUUGCUGUAGAGGAGACUGCUCAUUACACCCAACAGAUGGGCAGGUGGCGUGCCACCAGCCUCAAAUGCGUGGAGGACCCGUUGUGGUGGACAGUAGCUGAAGCUAUGAGGAUGGCACGUUCGCCUGCACUGCACCUCUCGGUUCCUCGCGGCUUGCAGUCUGCAGCAUGCAUUGUGACAUUGUGUGGCUGUGUGGCUGUGGCAAUGCAAUGCUUAUAA